AUGAUGGCUCUCGUCCUGUGCGCAGUGACGGUUCUAGCCAGGAACGCGGACCCAUCGGACCAGUCGGAUCAAUGUGAUGCAAAACUCCGGGAUGAGGGCGAGCCGGCUGCCUUGUUACAGAUGCAGCCAUCACUGUCUGUCGACACAGCAAGUCUCCAUGGCUCACAGGGGAAUAGUUCCCUGAUCCCCCGGUUCAGAGGGCGCCGUCACCAUGCUUACAACGACAAGCCGCCUUGUUCCACGUGCACCGACUUGAAGGAUGUAGCAGAAGAUCUGCAGAAUACCAAUCAGGAGUUGCAGAAAACCCACCAGGAGUUGCGGAACACCACGAAAGAGCUGGGCAACACCCAGCAAGAGUUUCAGAACACCACGCAGGAGUUGGAAGAGACAGUCGCAACGAUUCCCGAAGUGGUUGCAGAGUCUGCCACAGAUGUUCUCUCCAAUUUCACUGAGGAAGUGGUUCAAAACUUGCCUUCGGAAGAGACCUCAAGGCCUACCCCAAUCCCAUUCCCAGCAGGCGUUUGCAACGUGAGUGGUGCUAUCGUUAAAGAGGUCUGCAACAUCACUGGGGCAGAAGGAUGCAACGUAACCAUCAGCAACCAGCCAGCUCGCGCAAGCUCUAAUGGGAGCAACGGCGCUAUCAUCACAGGUUGUGGCUUGAUUGAAGAUGAGAUCCAGGAGCUUUUUCGGGUGUGCAAUGUGGACAUGGAGGAGAGAUUAAUCAGAGCUACGACAUGCGGAACAGGGAAUGCCAGCUUCGACCACAAGCUUGCUGCCUACACCAGUGUUUCAAGCAAAUUCACAGACUUGACCGGCGAGAUUGUUGAGUUUGUUGAGUGUGCCACAGUCGCUUGUGCCGAUGACACAAGAGGGCCCUUGCCGUGCGAAGACACUUGGCAAGGGCCCGAUCUAGAUCCUCGAACGACCAUCGAGUUUCUUCUCACGCAGGAUGCAUGCGCCUAUAUUGUUCAGCAGCCUGGCAGAGGAGGAGUACUUGGUGUGGUUGAGGGCAAUGACACGGACGUCCUUUUCAUCAGCAUUCAGACGACGACCACCACGACCACUACGACAACCAUCACGACAACAGCUACGUCUAUUGAAACCACCACCAGCGCCACAUCCACUAGUACUAACAACAGCGGUGUCGUACUCUUGGAAGAACUUUCGCAAGAGUGGUCAACCAAGUCAGACAGAGGAAAGCAUGUAAGUCAUACAAGCAUCGCGGGCUCCUUGAGUGAGCGCCCACGGCAUCCAAAGCCGACGUUCGCUCCCAGGGCGGCUCGGUCUUUGGGCCCUGACAUGGGCCCCGCAGAGUCCAUGAAGCUGCCGCUGCCCAAGCCCGGAGUUGGGCCUCCAAUUCCAACACAUUCGAAGCCUGUGGGAAAGUCGCAGACGCCGCUGGCCGUUCGCAAGGAUACGAAGAUGAAUGCAACUUUUGGAUUGUGCUCGGCUAGCUCCGCUAGAGCAAGGGCAAGGGGAGCGUCAGAUAUGAAUGAUAUGAAAAAGCUGAAGUUGGUUUCGAAAUCGACUUCAGCUCAGGGGCACAUCCCUUGUGACUUGGACACGGAGGUUGCCACCUUCGACCCAUCAACCGGCCAGUACGCCUGCUGCGGGCAUCAGAACACUUUUUGUUCAGGCUGCGCAUCAUUGGCCUCCAACGGUGCUGCAUGCGACCAGUGCCUUGGGGGUUUCGUGGCUACAGCUUCUGGCUGCGAAGCAUGCAUGGACUUUGAAUGGAGGAGCCGUUCCGGCGAAUCUUGUGCGGACGCAGACUGUCAAGGCGAGAAGGUGAAAGACGUCUCAGCAAGGGAAGCUUGCUGCAGGUGUGGCGGCGGCCACCGGGCUGCCACUCCCUUCAGUUACUAUGUGGGACCUCUUGUCCUAACAUCCACCAGCGUUGUUGGGCACCCAGUACCACGGACUGCUUCCGAUUACUUUGUGAAUGAUGGUUGCCAACUGCUCCAGUUCGGCUUAACUAUCGACGGCCGUACAGGUGAGUUGAAACUCAAGUCAGGCUGCACUCAGGUCGGCUGCGGCGCCGCUGAAGCCUUCAGUGUCUCAUGCACCAUCACCGCACGCGAAGCUUCUGGCCUCACUGCUGAAGCAGAGUUGAGCGUCACCGUCGCCGCGGGCCCCUCCUACGGCUCUUAUCCCCUGAUCUUCGUCCCUGGCGAAGGUGCGGUUCAGCUUUGUGCUCGUGUUGCCUCAACUGCGGCGGUUGAUGGCGACACUUGGAUCUACGAAUCGUGGGGUGCAUCAGAUUUUGCUGACCCCAACGCGAUUGGCAACCAGUGCCCAACACUUCCCAAUGUGAGCAGUUUUCGUUUUGUGGUCCGGAACUUUGUGGGUGGACCAGAAUAUCUCAGAACUGAGCGCUUCCUUUCGAACAACAACCCGUUUGCCCAGCCGAUCAACCCAAAUAACGUUGGUGCAAGUGGUGGUGCGGUUCUCUCGGAGUCGGCUCAAAACAUCUGGAAAUACAACAAGCCAUCCAGCCGCUACGGCGAAAGCUCCAGCGGCGUCCCAUGCAACGGACCAGCAAUUAAUCCAGGAGGACCGAGCCGCUUAAGCAUUUGCGUGGCGGAGACAAGCGCAGGAGGUAGAUCUCUUCAGAUCUAUGGUGGCUACAAUAGUGACAGCACAGAGUUUGGGAGCGGCAUCUUUGCCUGUUUUCCAGGUGACCUUGCAUGCAACGAAAGCAUCUCAAGUCCAGCAGCGCUUGAGAUUUAUGUGGAAGUACAGCUCGAAGCAACUGCAAGCUCACCUGCCUUGCAGCCCGGUGGGCCAAGCUUGGUGGACCCGCCAUCGGUGUCCUGCGUUCCGCACAACUUAGAAGAGGUUACCACUGUGGCACCGAGCACUUGGCGUGUCACCUUGGCCGGUGUAGUCACGGAAAGCCAAGGAGGAGUGUCCAUUGAUCCAUUCUCUGAAAUCACAGGCGGAAUCUGCUCACUGUCGGGGAAUGGUGCCACGUCUUCAUUCAUGGCAGUUGUGCCUCACAUUUGGAGCUUUUUGAAGUAUGACCCAGACACGCUUUAUGCGACAUUCGGUCAAGAAGCUCCAGUCUUGAUGCCCGUUGAGCAGCCCGGGAAGCUUGCCCCCAGCAGAUUCUCAGCAACCGUCAGCAACAUCACCCAGGAUGAGAGGAGCAAGUACGUGUUUGACAUAUUCACAGGCGUCAUGACAUAUGACUCCUAUCAGCUUUUCCAACUUGAUGUGAAGACCGGGGCCCUUAAGCUGGAUCCGGCAGAAGAGCUGGCAGAGCUAGAAAUUGGUCCAACUCGGGCGUCGCUUACCGCGCAGUUCGUCAUUUAUGCUCUUUACGAGUGGCCUCCACUGCAGACAGGCCCUGUCCUCUCCCACACAAUCUCCAUCGAAGCUCGUGACACCAACUGUUGGAUACGACAAACCCACAGGUUUAAGCAAGAGGAAUUGGUCGAGUCAGGUGGUACGGAAAUCCAGUGCCGACGCCUUUGUGCAAGGGAUUUCUUUUGCACUCACUACCGGCACACCUCAUCGCUUGAUUGCAUUAAAUACUCCCAGCUGUGUGUUCCUUCAGAGACUACUUGCUUGGAUGCGGUCGAAGUCUAUGCCAAGUACUCCGGCUGCGCAGAGCGGACGAGCUGCUUGGAGAUGAAGAUCACCAAUGCUGCUUUUCUCUCGGGAGAGUUCUGCCCCGCUGGUGAGAGUUCAGACGGUGAGAAUGGCCAGGUCUUCUUGAAGGAAGGGCGCACGCAGCAGGAUUCCUUCUGGCUCGUUUUUGGUGAGGAAGACAACACGAACCUGGGUUCGGCAUGUCUUGCAGGCAAUCACUGGAUCCUCAGAGAGUCGGAUCCGCAAAAUGAUUACUUGAACGACACGUCUUCUUACGUCGAGCUCUACGGAGCAGGAGCCGCGUGCUUGAAACCGAUGGUAGAUGAGAACAACUGGAACCUUGUCACAGACGCCUUUGACAACUCCCCUUUGGACAUCCGUGUCGCAACAACAUCCAAUGAGCUGCAGGGUCAGGCAUCAGUGCUCAUUCCAUCCUGCGGUCCACCGAAUGUGACGCAAUCUGAGACUGUCGAGGGGAAAUUGGAGGAAUCAGAGGUGGUGUCGGCAUUGAUCCUGGAUGACCCGGGAACUCCUGUAGUGGAUGAUUAUUGGCUACAUCCUUGUCAGUGUAUUCCACCAGCAUGGGGCCAAGAGGAACCUGUCACAGCAGAAGCUUUGGAGGAUGUGCCGGCUGGAAGUCUUGGUGCAGGUUUUCUGCCGAGGCCCUAUGAGAUCGUUUCGGGAGCCUUCAUUUGCGACCGGAAGUUCCUCUUAAGUGUGGAAUUGGCGAUCGAGAAUGAAGCGCUGACGCAAGAGCAAUGUGAGAUCCAAUGUAAAGAAUCGGCACGGUGCCGCUUCUUUUGGCAUGGCAAUGCUGGGGGAGGUGAUCAAUGCUGGCUGUAUUCGGACUGCAGAACGCUUUAUCGGUCUCUGGGUUUGGCCGGGACACUCUUUGCGUUUGAGAAAUCGCAAAAGGUAUGUCGAAUGGCCAAUGCAGAGCUUUGCUGGUUUGGUACCAAGCGUCGACAGUUUUUGGGCGCUUACCAAUCAGACGGCAGAAUCUAUUUGCCAGACUGUUUACACCAGAGCCUCUUCGUGCAGUGUGACCAGAAACAGAUGCUUGGUGGCUCUGGGACGUCCGAAGAGGGGUGUGGCUCCUGCAAGUAUGUGGCCGUGGACAGCAGCGGUGAAUACCUUGUUGUGCCUCCCGACUUUGAGAAAGAGCCGGAGGAUGACGAACCCAACCUUGGCGCUUACGAGGUCGUGACCUCGAAUGGUUUGGCUGCGGAAUGCCCGCUUGGAUCGCGUUUGGUGGCCUGCCGCGCCUUCCCCGGGGGUGAGGCCAAUGGAGAUUCAGGUAGCUGGAUCAUCACCGACCGCGUAUGUGCACUGACAAAUCCUCGAGAAAUUGAUCCUCGAGAAAUUGCUUCUUGCUCCUGGGCUGGCGAGACGGUGGUACUUGACCAAGCCCAAGCUUAUAAUGGCUGCCCCUCUGGUUUCUUUGCAACGAGCUGUUGGGAUCAGGACAAGUUCUUUGGUUUCUCUUUAAAGGCGGGAGACGCCUUUGCCCCUCCCAUUGGCACAACAACUUGCCCCGACCCUGAUGACGGAGAGCAAGGAUAUCCCAGGAUUUGCCAGAAGCCCAGCACCUCCUCCAGACAAAAGCGGCCUCUUCCUAUAUCCUUCGAGCAUGGCAGGUCCCUGGUGGCACGGUGCUGGUCAGAGCGCUUUGUGUCUGCUUCCUCCUCUGCGGAGCUUCGCUGUGUGGCAGGAAAGUGGAGGAAUGAAGCAGGGAGCCUUGGCCUGGCAAACUUUGCUUGCAGCUUGGACUUCUUCAGAGGUUGUGUCAUUGACACGAUGUCAGGGGUGUCCAAGAAAACGUCAAACCCAGGUCGAUUUUUGCGUAGGAGAGGUUCUUACGGUAUGGUCUUUUGUCUUUCCUUGCUCUUUGACUUCCUUGCUCUGAGUCCGCAGGGACUGCCCAAGUUUGUUGCGUGUGCAGAUGUUGUUGUCGUAGCACAGGUGGUGUCCAAGCAGUACCGGGACCUACUAGCCAAGAAUAAGCAGGAGCUCUUCUUUGGAAGCCGCUGGCACCUGCAACUCUUGCUCGGUGAGCUUGGGGGCGAGUUCUACAAGCUGCCGGGUUGCUCCAGGCUGGCUGCGCAGUUUGCAAGCGGAGACGAUUACCAGCGACAGUUCCGACAAGUCUGCAAUGGUUUCAACGAGUGUGCUACGGCAAGGUCUAACACUUUGGCUUUUGAGGUGUGCCAGCCAAGCAACAGUCAGCAGCUCCUGAACGGUCAGGACUUGGGCUUGUUAUUCUUGCAAGACUACAAACAGCAGACCAACUCAGAGGCAUCUUAUGACAGCGUGGUCGACACGUCUCGGGAUCUCGGAAUUGAUGAAUUCACGAAGCAAAGUCUGGACGUGGCUUGUGAAGCGAAUCAGGCGGUCCGAAAGUUAAGCUUUGGCAUCGGCGGCGUGGGCUCAGGAGACUCAGGAUUGAGCGGCUCCUGCACAUCCACCGUCUUGAGGGGAACGCGGAGGUGUGACAGCUUCCGGAACGAGGGCACGGUAUUGGGGCGAUGCUCCGGAAAACAGUCCCAGCUGUUUUUCCUCCAAAAGCGAUUCGAGAUAUUUCCUUAUUUCCAGACCAAAGACAGUGAGAGCAAUGAGGGUUUCAGGAUGUAUUUGGACGAAAAUUUCAACAACGAAGUCCACUGGGAGAGCUGGAUACGGUUUCCACUACGAAAAGGGGGUGUCAAGGAAGCAGAUGGACCAGUGAAGGGUCUAUGUCGCCUCAACACAGAGACUGGCACCGACGCUCGCUCCUUUGAAUGCUCAGAUGGGAAUCGACGAAACUGCAGGCUGGAGAGGCGGAUAAUAAUCCAGAAUCGCCUGAUUGCAAAGUUUGAUCAGAAUGUUCCAUGCACGCGGGCCAUGUGGCUCGGAUCUGUCAAGAGCAACAGUUUUCGCUUGGAGGCUAUUGAGAUAAAUCUUGAACCUGACAUCCGGGGAACCUACAUUCCACCAAAUUUCAAGCCGGCCACAAGCAACCAAUUCUUUUGGCGUGCUGACAACCUUGGUGGUCUGGAUAGCCUGCAGCUUACGUGUGGAGUCGAUGAGGUGAUCACCAGCUUCAGCAAGGUGGGAAGAAGGAGCCCGGGCAGCAACGUUUCUGUGAAAUCUCCGCAUCCCUUCAAGACAUGGCUGCUGUCGGCAGAAUCCUUGGAGGGGAUAGAGCUCCAUGACGUCUCCUUGAGGAUCUCCUGGACGUGCCAGCAGGUCUUGGGCCUGGGUGCCUGCGUGGAGAAGACUUCCCUGGAACAAGUUGAGAUCGACUCCAAGGAGCGCGGUCUUGUGGAAAUCGAUUGUGCGGAGGGUCACGCCAUCAAGAAAUUGGAAACAGAGGUCAAUUAUGUAAGCGAAAGCUUUCGACUGAAAGCUACUUGCUGCUUUGUGGCUUCCAUGCCGUUUACCCUGCGCCCGUAUCAGCAAUUCGACACGGCUGAUGUAGAUGAGCUCUCAGGCAUCUUCUGUCCCAAGCCAGAAGGUCUGGACAACUCCGGCCGUCCUGAGUUCUCACAACAACUCAGCUUCAGGAGAUCUAGCUCGAUAACUAGCUUUGGGCCGCAGGCAGAGUUGCAGUAUGACAAAGCCCUGGGCAAGUGGUGCCUGAAAGAACAGCCUUCACAAGUCUGUGCUUCUACUGACCCAGCCGUGGAAAGCGAUGUGGUCCAUCCGUUAAACUUGGCCCUGGGGAGUUUCUACGUUGUGCCCAUGACAAAUUUCGAUGGGGUUUUUGAAACCCCCGUUGGAGUGGCAAGGGAGGCGGCAACACCUCAGCCACCGCCCAAGCCGACCCUCAUUACAUUCAGCGCGACAUCCCCGGACUUUGCCGCAGAGUGCCAGGAUGAGAACACUCCAGGUACACUGAUGUUUGACCGCAAGAGAAUGAACCAGAAGGCUCGGGAGCUCCUGAACGCAGAUAGCGAGCACCCAUGCGGCUACAUCUUCAGCGAGCCAAGGACAUCGAGGGAAGUCGCUGCCCCGGGCCUUUCCUGGUGGCCCCAGCCAGAUGUCUCUCCGUAUUCCGGGGCUGGCUUAGCAUCAGCCUCUGGUGGUUUUGACGGUGAUGAGACUGGAAGCGGUGUCACCUACAGAACUGUUAAGGAGUGCUCGGACAGAGUGGUCUCGCGCCAAGUAGACAAUAGCGCUGACAAGUUUCCAAUAACAACCGGGCUAUUCAUUCUUGACCAGCUACAGAGCGACAAGAAGGCAAUAGCAGAAGCGGUAGUGAAACUCUCCGCAGGCCUAGGUGCCGAGACAGAAUGGAGUCCAGGAUUGACACUCAAUUCCAUUUUCAAGAUUGCUUCCAACAUCGGAAAACAAACGCUCAAAACGUAUGAGAAAGUCUUGGAGAGGGACUUCAACAAGGCCAAUGCAAACGAUUGUGAUCCUUUACAGCACGGCCUCGCUCGGAUCUUUUGUGACUUGUAUUGUAUCCGUGACUUUGUGAAGACGGGCGAUGCUGCGAUCCUCGAGAACCUGCAGUCCGCCACCCACACGCUGAACCAAAACUUGCAGGAACUCUUCUCUUUCUAUGCAGGGAGCGGCGGGCAGCUGGAGCAGAACAUCGAAAAGCUCUUGGAUGCACGGGGUGUGGGCGAAUCAACAACCCUUCUAUCGGAGCGUGCCAUUGCAGCUGGCUUGCGCCGCAGCUUUGAGGAGAUGCAGAGCCUGCUCUCGGGCAGCUUUCCGGCCUCCUCCCGCACCGCGGCCCAGCGAAGUCUGCAAGCUUUCCAGAUCCGGCUUCAAAGCCUUCGGAUGGCUCUCCCCAGCGCCGCCAGCGCUGCAAACGGUACCUCGAUCUCGGAGAGCCUGACCGCCUUGUCUUCGGAGGUCCAGAAGCUCCGUGCCGCCGUGGGCAGUGUAAGUGCACGAGGGCUCUCGAACUCCCAGGCAGUGGCCAAGAAGACGGCUGAUUAUGUGCAUUCCAUGAACCAAGUGUGGAAGUCGAAGGCUCAUCAGCUCGGAGUGUAUCGACGUGUUGCGAGCAGGAGCAAGCAGCGACAGAGUCGGUUGAAUCAUCGUGCCACGCACUCCAGCCUGGCUCUCAAGGAGAUUCAGCACGAGGCAAGACGCGCCGCUGUGAGCAGCCUCGACCGAACGUGGUGGCAAAUUCGGGCCAAGCUGGACAGCUAUUUUGAGGCCAUGGACAGAUAUUGGCAGACCUUUAAGGCGGCGCUGGUGAGUUUGGACGGCUACACUUCCAGGUGCUCUCUCUCCUUCCCCGAGUUGAAGAAGUCCUACCAGAAUUUUGCCCAGGUCGACAGAGAGGCUCACGAGACACUGAUGAGCGUGUGGAAAGCAGUGAACCCUUUGGUGGGUUUCCUGGCUUCUGAAAUCGUGGACAGCCAACUUCUAGAGGCUUUUGCGCACGACCAGGAGAUCGACUCUCGUGUGUUGGAUGGCUUGAACCGCGAGCUUGCAGGGAACUCCACGGAACCGAAGGACUUGUGUCGUUCUGAGGAGGCCAAAAACCUCACGUUGCAGAUGUUGAAGAGAGAGCUGAUGGACGGACUUUUCGGCCAAACCGUGGAGCAGCUUUCGGUCCUCUUUGCAGAAACGGGAAUGUUGGAAGAUCGAUUCUUGAGCAGCAACCUACCUCCUCCAAAUGUGGACGUGCUCCGGGACUCCCAGACGAGGCUUCAGGAGGCAUUGGAUGACGAGCUCGCAGCUCUGCCCAGCAGAGCAGAGGCCUUGUGGCAGACCUGGAGCACAUUGCAGUGUGGCACCAUCAAUUUUGUGAGAAGAUGGAUUGGAGACUGGACGCGAUGGUCUUUCCGGGCAGAGCUGCCAAGAGUCUGA